AUGAGUUGCAUCAAGGCAAGUUUGCCCAACUCAUCCUUGAAGCACACUUUCGUGAAGUGCGACAUCUCUUCUGCCUCGAGCAGAGAGGAGGCGCUGUCAAAGCUGGGAGAGAUUGAUUUCAACCCUGACAUCCUCGUGAACAAUGCGGGAACAUCUCAGGACGCGUUGUUGGUGAGGAUGAGCGAGCAGCAGAUAGUCGACCUGAUGAACACGAAUCUGGUCGGGCACAUGCUCUUCACCAAGGAGAUCGUCAAGGGGAUGGUGAAGCAUCGGGUGCACGGGUCAAUCGUCAACAUCGGCAGUGUCGUCGGGUCGCAUGGCAAUGCCGGUCAAGCCGCGUACUCAGCGUCCAAGGCGGGGAUGAUCGGCUUCACCAAGUCUCUCGCCCGCGAGGAGCCAGGGUUCAUCCAGACUGACCUCACGUCGAGCUUGCCGCCAGAAACGCGAGCAAAAUGGCAAGAGCAGGUCGCGCUGAAUCGAUUCGGAGAGGCCCAGGAAGUCGCGAGUGCUGUCGCCUUCCUGUGCUCCCGAGGAGCCUCGUAUAUCACAGGCCAAACCAUCACAGUGGACGGAGGCCUCUUCAUGUGA